UUGACAGAUUGCAACUUUUUGAUAUGAUGCUUAGGGAUAGGUCGGGGUACCUGGGAGAACAUUAGGUAUUUAAUGAUUGAUUGAGGGGUAUGAGUAAGUAAGGAUGGAUAUGAAUCCAUUUGCGGAUAUUUAACCCAAUUUAUCCCCGUUUCGUCUUGAAAACACGUCCCAAAAGUCAAAACAGUAAAAAUUUUGAGUAUUCAUGGUUUGAUUCAACAUUUCCUCCACUUCACGCUAAACUUUCGGUUCGAUCUAACUGGUCGUUUGCAAGAUGUCUCUUGCUGGAUUUAAAAAACAAUGGAACAAGGCUAACCAGUUUAUGAGUGAAAAAGUUGGUAAUGUUAAAGGAACACAACUAGAUGAAGAAUUUCAAGAUUUAGAAAAGAGAACAGAUGCAACAGCCGCACUAGUUGUUCAAUUACUUGGCAGAACAAAGGAAUACCUUCAACCUAAUCCCAAUGCCAGGGCAAAACUAUCAAUGCAGUCUGCAGUGGCAAAGGCCAGAGGUCAUCAAGCUCCGACGAGAUAUCCACAAACUGAGUCCACUCUGGGGGAGGCCAUGAGUAAGGGGCAACAGGAAUUAGGAGAUGAAUCUUUAUUUGGUGAUGCUUUGGGAGAGACUGGUGAAGUUUUUAAACGGCUUGGAGAGAUCAAAGACAAUCUGGAUGCUGAAGUAAAACAAAAUUUUUUGGACCCAUUAUAUCUUUUGGAAAGCAAAGAAAUUAAAGAAAUAAAUCAUCAUAGAAAGAAAAUGGAAGGCAGACGACUUGACUUUGAUUGUAAAAAGAGGAAAGGCAGCAAAAUUCCUCCUGAAGAAAUUCGUGCUGCAGAAGAUAAGUUUGAAAGUUCAAAGACAGUUUGCUACAAUGCAAUGUUAACUUUAACAGAAGGAGAGGAUGAACAAAUCACGCAACUAACAGACUUUGUCAAAUCUGUUAUGGAAUAUCAUCAGCAAUCCUAUGAUAUUCUUGAAACGCUUGUUUCCACACUGGAUGAUAAGGUAAGCGAGGCGUCAAGCAGACCACGGAAGGAACGACGCACAGAACACGAGCCAAAAUGGACUGGCGAUGAUGAUGAUGAUGAAGAUGACAACAGCAGUGGUGGUUACUCCUUCUCUCCUACGCCAGCUAAACGAAAUGGUGACAGCACAGCAUCACCCUGUGCCAAAGCACUUUAUGACUUUGAACCAGAAAAUGAUGGCGAGCUGGAAUUUGUUGAAGGUGAUAUGAUCACUUUAACAGGUCGUAUCGAUGAAAACUGGCUAGAGGGGACAGUGAAUGGUAAAAGUGGAUAUUUCCCUGUGAAUUAUGUUGAAAUUAUCAAUGAUUUACCCUAGUUACCGUACACAGUUCAAUAGCAACCACAUGAUCAUGCAUUGCAAUUUAACGCUUUUGGGAUUGGAAUAUAAUGUAUUAACUACAUGAUUGAAAAGUACCAGUCAAUGUGUAGGACAGUUUAGCUUUAUUUUGAAAUUUCUGUUACAUUAUGUUAUACAUUCUUCAUUCAUUCCUGAUCAUUUUGCUAAUCCAAUGACCGAGGGUAAAACAACCCUCUAGAAACUAAUUAAACCUGUGAUUGAAUUUUUGCUAAUGAGAUAUAAAAACAUUUGUAUGAAGAUUUAAUACACAAUAUAUUAUUGUACCUAAA